AAUCGUUUCCUUUUCAACAUGCAACUCAAUAAAGACCAGAUCGAAGACAUCAUGGUUCGGUUCAAAGCGGAGAUGCUGAAGGGUUUGGACUUUCCCAGCUCUUCCUGUCUGAAGAUGUUGCCUACGCAUGUACGGUCAACUCCUGAUGGUUCAGAAAAAGGAGAGUUUUUGGCGUUGGAUAUAGGAGGCUCCAUGUUCCGUGUGUUAAGGGUCAAGGUGUCAGAAGAUGGGCGGCAGAUGGUCCACAUAUCUAGUAAUGUCUAUCCCAUGACUGAAGAUAUGAAACAUGAAAACAGUCGACAGUUUUUUGAUUACAUCGCUGAAUGCCUGGCAGAUUUCAUUGAGAAACAGCAACUAAAAGAUAGAAAACUUCCACUGGGCUUCACUUUUUCCUUUCCUUGCAGACAGAGCAAACUGGAUGAGGGUAUUCUCAUCUCAUGGAGUAAAGGAUUCUUUGUUAAAGGAGUACAAGGAGUAGAUGUUGUCUCUUUGUUACGUGAAGCGAUUUCUAGACGAAGGGACUACGAAGUGGAUGUGUUGGCUUUAGUGAAUGACACCGUGGGAACCAUGAUGACGUGUGCAUUUGAUGACCCAUACUGUGAGGUUGGCGUUGUCAUUGGAACUGGCACAAAUGCUUGUUACAUGGAGGAAUUGAGACACAUCCAACUAGUGGAAGGUGAUGAAGGAAGGAUGUGCAUCAACACAGAAUGGGGAGGAUUUGGAGAUGAUGGCUCAUUGGAAGAUAUCAGGACUGUAUUUGACAGGGAAGUCGAUGAUGGCUCCAUCAAUCCAGGGAAACAGCUGUUUGAGAAAAUGGCUUCUGCAAUGUAUAUGGGAGAACUUGUGCGGAUUAUUCUGGUCCGAAUUGUUCGAAAUGGCAUACUGUUCAAAGGAAAGACUUCAUCCAAACUCCUCACCAAAGGAUCUAUUGAUAUUGAAGACAUUAUUGCUAUACAGAAUUACAGUACAGGUCUGGAAAGUGCAAUAAAGAUGCUAAAGAAUCUGGAACUGGAGCCUACUGAAGAAGAUGGCAUCGCUGUUAAGCAAAUUUGCAAAAUAGUCUCAGUUCGCUCAGCCACUCUCUGUUCAGCCACUCUAGCUGUUAUUCUGCAACAUAUCAAAAAAAAUAAGAAAAUCAAGCGGCUUCGAACAACAGUGGGUAUUACUGGGACACUGUACAGACAAAAUACGCAGUAUGCAAAGUACUUCCACAAAAUGGUUCGAAGCCUGGUCCCUGACUGCGAUGUGCGAUUCUUCCUGGCUGAAUAUGGUUCUGGGAAAGGGGCUGCCAUGGUGACUGCAGUAGCCCAGAGGCUCGUUCAUCAACGUAACUAUAUAGAUAAGACCCUGGCACCACUCAGACUCAACUGUGACCAACUGCUCGACGUAAUGGAUAAGAUGAGAUCAAAUAUGGAACAAGGACUAAAAACAGACACCCACAAUACUGCCACAGUCAAAAUGCUUCCCACCUUCAUUUGUAAAUUUCCCACAGGAAAUGAGAGUGGCAAGUUCAUUGCUCUUGAUUUAGGUGGCACCAAUCUCCGUAUCCUACUCGUUGAAAUGCAAUCUGGGAUGAGGAAAUCUCUUCGAAUGUACAGCAAAAUCUUCCCCAUCCCUCUGGAGAUUAUGCAAGGGACAGGUGAAGAGUUGUUUGACCACAUUGUAGAAUGCAUCGCUAACUUUCUGGAAUAUAUGGGAGUGAAAGGCACACGGCUCUCCUUAGGCUUCACCUUCUCCUUUCCCUGUGUGCAGACCCGGUUGGAUCAGGGCAUUCUUAUUAAUUGGACCAAAGGCUUCAGUGCCACUGGUGUGGAAGGACAGGAUGUUGUUUCUCUAUUGAAGGAAGCUAUUACAAGAAAUGGAGAGUUGAAGUUAGACAUUGUGGCACUUCUGAAUGACACUGUGGGAACUAUGAUGUCUUGUGCAUAUGACCACCCCAAUUGUGAAAUUGGAAUGAUUGCAGGAACUGGCUGCAACCUCUGCUACAUGGAAGAAAUGAGAAACAUUGAAACAGUGAAAGGAAAAGAAGGGAGGAUGUGCAUCAACACCGAGUGGGGAGCAUUUGGUGAUGACGGAUGCUUAGAUAACAUCAGAACUACCUUUGACAAAUUGGUGGACAUCAAUUCAUUAAAUAUGGGACAUCAAAAAUUUGAGAAAAUGAUCAGUGGAAUGUACCUGGGUGAAAUUGUGCGCAACAUACUGAUCAACUUCACAAAACAAGGACUUUUGUUCAGAGGUCUUAUGUCACAAAGUUUAAUGACUAAUGGCAUUUUUCAAACCAAGUACUUGUCUCAGAUAGAGAGUGACAGUCUGGCUCUGCUCCAAAUCCGUACAAUCCUUCAGAAGCUUGGCCUGGACAGUUCUUGUGACGACAGCAUCAUUGUUAAGGAAGUGUGCGGUGUUGUUUCCACGAGAGCAGCUAAGAUCUGCGGUGCAGGAUUGGCUGCUGUUGCUGAAAAAAUAAGGCAGAGCCGGCACUUGGAUUAUUUGGAAGUUACUGUUGGUGUGGAUGGAACUCUCUAUAAGCUUCACCCACAUUUUUCUACCAUCCUAGAGAACACAGUGAAGGACCUGGCUCCAAAUUGUGACAUGACUUUUGUACUUUCGGAGGAUGGCAGUGGAAAAGGCGCAGCUCUUGUUACAGCUGCAGCAAUUCAGCGAGAUAAAGAUUCAAAUGCUCAGUCCAAUAGAUAA